AUGUCGAUAGAGCAAAAGGUUGCUCAAGAGCAGAAUAUCGCCCCUUCUCUGGGUGGCGGAGGGGCUCCAGGUACCAAAGAUGCUGGUGUGCAUGCAAAAGGCUCGCGCAGCAAAACGUACCUCGCCCUCUCUGCGAUUGUUGUAGUGGUUGUCCUGGGACUGGCGCUAGGCCUGGGCCUUGGGCUGGGACUAAAACACUCCAGCAAGAAUCAUUCGAGCAGCACGGCCGGGUCUCCCUCGCCCUCGAACAGUUCGUCACCUGCCGAGGACUCACAAGCAUCGCUGCUGGUCCCUCCGUGGAGAUCAAAUGUGGAAGAUUACACCCUCGACAUAGAGGGAUGGGACUUCAAUGCACCGCCGACGACACGCGAAUACAAUUUCACCAUCAGCGAAAUCGAGCUGUCGCCGGAUGGUGUCUUUCGCCAGGUCAUUGCUAUCAAUGGUCGUUUCCCAGGGCCCCUGAUCCGUGCCAAUAUGGGCGAUCGGAUCCUCAUUCAUGUUCAGAACAACCUCCCCAACGGGACUGCCUUCCACUGGCACGGGCUUUAUCAGAACGGUACAAAUUGGAUGGACGGAACUGCUGGAAUAACUCAAUGCCCAAUUCCUCCGGGUGCAAGCUUCACCUACAACUUCACCGUGGAAAACCAGUUUGGGACCUAUUGGUAUCAUACCCAUUAUUCGACCACGAAUGGUGAUGGUCCCGUAGGGCCCCUAAUUAUCCAUUCGCCGGAUGAGGUCAAGAUGCAGAAGUAUUACGAUGUGGACCAGGUUGUGCUUAUACAAGACUGGUACCACGACUAUAGUCAGGCACUUCUGCCUGACUACCUUGCCAGCGGCGACGAGAAUAGCGAACCCGUCCCUGACAAUGGCUUGAUUCAGGGAACCAAUUAUUUCAAUUGUUCGACGCUUGACUCCGAUAGUGGCUAUGUUUGCGAGCAGAACUCGACACGUGCAGUGUUUACGGUCGAGCACGGCAAACGUUAUCGGUAUCGAUUGAUCAACACGGGGGCUUUCGCGACAUUUGAAUUCUCCAUCGACAACCAUCCCCUCUCCGUCAUCGAAGCCGAUGGGACCGCGACGGAACCUCUUUCGGUGCAUCGCCUUGACAUUGCCGUGGCGCAGAGAUACUCAAUUGUCAUCAACGCCAACCAGUCGGCAGGAUCGAAUUACUGGAUGCGAGCGCAGAUGAACACGUUCUGCUUCGGAGGGCCCAAUCCGAUCCUCGACCCUGACGUGAUGGCUUUGAUAACGUAUGCCAACAGCACAGAUGAGCCGACGAACUCGACGGAUUGGAAGGAGGCAGUGGAUGUGCAGUGUGUUGGCCUGAACUCGUCAUUGUUGACACCAUUCUUCGAAUCAGAAGCACCACCCGCCACGAUAAUGUAUGCUAUCGCCGCAAACUUCCAGAUCGGAGACUAUGCUCUGGAUCGCGCCUAUAUCAACGGCACCUCCUGGGUCAUGGCCGAUGUGCCUACACUGAACCAAGCUGUUGCGGGCCUCCAGGCAGCCAACUCCUCGUUCACAACUUCUGGAGUCAGCUCGGCGUUCAGUGCCAGCCAAUAUGUCAUUGACAUCCCCAAUUGGGCCGUGGUAGACCUUUUGAUUACCAACUAUGAUGAAGGAGCUCACCCGUUCCAUUUCCACGGCCAUACCUUCUGGGUUCUUGCUUCCUCUCCAGAUCAAUACUUUGAUUGGUCGACCUACAACGGCUUGAACAGGACACUCUCAAAUGUCAUGCGACGGGACACCCUUAUGAUCGAUGCAUAUGGCUGGGCACUCAUCCGUUUUGUUGCAGACAAUCCGGGACUGUGGGCCCUUCACUGCCAUAUUAGCUGGCAUAUGGAGUCGGGACUCCUCAUGCAGUUUCAAGCCCGGAACGAUAUUAUGAGGACGUGGACGAUACCUUCAGAUGUGCUGGGCCUUUGCUCGGCAUGA